GGCGGCCGGACGCUCAGCAGCAGCGCAGCGGCCUCCCCGAGCUCCGCGCCAUGGCUGUGCCGGUGACGCGCCGCGCUGCCCUCACUAGACGGAUGGAGAAUGCUGCGGUUGAACUUAAAGCCAAACCUCAAGUUACUGGCAAAAGGGCUGUUUUGGAAGAAAUAGGAAACAAAUUUGCCUCAAGAAGACCACAGAUAACAAAGAAAACAGAAUGCCCCAAAGCAUCCAUAAAGCCUACAAAAGGACCUAGUAAGACGACAAAUGUAACUCAACUGCCUAAACCUGUGGCUGUUGUGCGUCAAGCAUCCAAAGAAACUGUUGUUCCAAAGGUUCAGUCUCCUGUCCCCAUGGAUGUGUCUAUGCAAGAGGAGGAUUUGUGCCAAGCCUUCUCUGAUGUCUUACUCAACAACGUGGAAGACAUAGACGCUGAGGACAAGGAGAAUCCCCAGCUGUGUAGUGACUAUGUAAAAGAUAUUUAUCUGUACCUGAGAGAGCUUGAGCUGCAGCAGUCAGUCCACCCACAUUACCUCGAUGGGAAGGCGAUCAAUGGGCGGAUGCGUGCCAUCUUAGUCGACUGGCUUGUCCAGGUCCAUUCAAGAUUCCAGCUUUUGCAGGAAACACUCUAUAUGUGUAUUGCACUCAUAGAUCGCUUCUUACAGAGUCAUCCAGUACCUCGUAAGAGACUUCAGCUGGUGGGUGUAACAGCAAUGCUUCUAGCUUCAAAAUAUGAAGAGAUGUACUCUCCUGAUGUAGCAGACUUUGUUUACAUUACUGACAAUGCCUACACCAGUAGGGAAGUUAGAGAAAUGGAGAUGAUAAUUCUUAAAGAGUUAAACUUUAAUUUGGGGCGACCUCUUCCAAUUCAUUUCUUAAGAAGAGCAUCAAAAGCUGGAGAGGCUGAUGCUAAGCAACAUACACUAGCAAAAUACCUAAUGGAGCUGACGCUGAUAGACUAUGACAUGGUGCAUCAUCGUCCUUCAGAGAUUGCAGCUGCUGCCUUAUGCUUAUCCCAGAAGAUUCUAGGACAUAACAAAUGGGAUACAAAGCAGCAGUACUACACUGGGUAUACAGAAGACAGCCUUGUGAUGACUAUGAAGCAUAUAGCCAAGAAUGUGAUCAAAGUAAAUGAGAAGUUAACAAAAUACACUGCUAUAAAGAACAAGUAUGCAAGUAGCAAACUACUGAUGAUCAGCACUAUCCCUCAACUGAGCAGUGAUAUGAUCAAGGACCUGGCUUCCUCACUCCUAUGAGAGCCAGGCCCUGGUGGUGUAUGCACUUUGUUCCUGUCUGCUUGUUGCAAAACUACUGCUCGUUGUGUAUAGCAUUCCAGGCACCUCGGACCCGCUCUGAAGGGGAAAUUUUAAACUUGCUUUGUAAUACAGUGCUCUAGAAAUAAAGCUUCUUUCCUUUUAAAAAAAA